UAUCUUUUAAACAAAGAAGGUAAAAUAAAUAAAUACCUAAAGCAAACAAAUACUUGAGGCACAAGCCAACCAAACGUUUACAUUGGUACAACACAAGACAAGGUGGCAGUGGUGACUGGUGGGUGAAGCAGAAGCACACCACAUGAAACGCCAAACCAAAUUCUACACCGCCCUUUAAUUCUUUUCAGAACCCCACCCUUAAUACACUCAGCAACUUCGUUUCUUUUCGAUUGAACCCUUGCCCUCUUCUCCAAGCAAUCACACCCUCUUCUUCUUUCUGCUCCUCUGCGUCAAGCCUUCACACCCCUUUUCGCCUCUUCACUCUUUCCCACCCAAAGUCUCUACCUUUAUAAGUUUACCCGUCUUAUAAUCUCCCUACAAUGUACCCGGUGUCCCUUCUUUCGUCUAAUUCCUCAAUUUGAGUCACUGGGUCGUUCUUAGUUUUUGCUGAUGGCUGAGGAUGUUUGACUUGUGUUUCUACCUUAUAGACCUGGCUUGCUGCGCCUUCUUAUUAUUCUCUCUGGGUGUCUGAGGGUUUCUUAAAUUUAAGCAGAUUGCCUGAAGAAAUAUUCAUUUUGUUGGCCCUUUUUUAAUGAAGCAAAUUGCUUCCCGUGAGAAGAACUUGAGACUGAAAUCAAACCCUUCAUUUUUUGAGGUCACGAGGGGUUAAAUGCAGACAUUGAGGGGUAUUGCUUUUUAUUGGAGUUUCCUCAUCAUCACCUAGCGUGUACAUUUGUACAUUGAUAAAGAGUGAACAGGUUCUUGUUGCAGUCUGCAGAAUUUUGAUCAUUUGCAAUUUGGGAAUUUGAAGAAAGACCUCAGUUUGUGAGAAGUUAGUUAUUUUAGCAUCGAUGAUAGUAACCAAGUGCUAAUAAGAAGUAUUGGAUUGGUCAUUAGGAAAAAGUGAAAGGAAUUGCGCUGAUAAUUUACACAUUUAACGUGAAGCACAAAUUAAUUCGAUCCUGGAAAAGGAUUGAUGUAUUUGAUAUGAAGAAUGGAAGGAGGUGAUCAUUCAUUGGCACCGCAAUGGUUGAAAAGCAGUGGAAAUGACAGUAGAGUGACUGGUAGAAACAACCAAUUCACAUCACCAUACUCUGAUCAAAUGACUUUCACCAGUCGGAAUCCUAGCUUCUCAAGGUUACAUAGUAGUUCUGAGAGAAGCUGGCCUGGUAUGGAUGGGGAGAAAGAUAUUGACAGUGACGGCCUGACCUCAGCAUCACAUGAUAUUCCUAUGACAGUUGGAAUCAAAAGCCAGGCUAUGAUGAUGCAGCAGUAUAAUGUUUCUUCAAGCACAUCUUCUAUGGGCCUCAGUAUGGCUGAGACAUUGGCUCAGAGUCCACAUCACUCUUACUCACCAUCACAAUUAUCUUCUAGUACUCAAAAGCUUGAAGAGUUGGCCCUUAAGCAAUCUAGGUUAUUAAUCCCAGUGACACCAUCCACACCUAGAUCCCUGGCUGCUAGCUCUUUGGAGAAAUCAAAGGCCAAGACAGGGCGGCAGCAGUAUCCCUUCUACUCACGGCGACUCGGUUAUUCAUUACAGGGUGCUCAUCCAAACUCAGAUAUACAGAAAACUAGUUCUGUUAAUUCCCAUAAUUUCAGUGCUUCAAGAGAGUUGAAUGGUGUCUCUUCAACAGUGAAAGACAACUUAUUAAGUCCAAAUAGUAGAUCAUCGGCCGCCCCAGUUGGUGCCUCUAGAUCCACUUCUAUAGCUGCUCACUCUAGAAGCUUAGGUAACAACAAUUCAACCCCUUCUACAUGGAUAACAGUGGAGAAGAAACCAACUUUUCCUACCCAGAGCAGGAAUGAUUUCUUCAAGAAUCUUUCAAGGAAGAGUUCCAUGGAAAAACCUUCUUCUGAAGCCAGCACAACAAAUGUCUCUAGUUGUCCCAUUCUGAAAUCUAGAGACGCUUCUUCAGUGGAUUCCUCUUCUCUGAACAUGGUGAGUGACUGCAGCUCCAUAAUUACAGUGAACGACAAUGCUGCCAAUGAACCUCUGAAACCUUCAAGCAGUGGAGAGAACCAGCAUAUCAGCAAUCCAUUCCUUUUUACAGAAGAGGAAGAGAUUGCAUUUUUACGUUCACUUGGGUGGCAGGAAAGUGCUGGAGAUGAUGAAGGCCUCACUCAAGAGGAGAUACAAAACUUCUAUGAAAAGCACAUGAAAUUACAGCCAUGACAAAUUAUUCUGCAACAUGUGCUUCAAUGACAGAAUGCACUGCUACUUGAUCCCGUUACUGGAAGAUUAGGUGGAACUAUGUUUACAACUUAGAAGUUUUAAAUUUUUUACUGUUAUUUGUUAAAGAUACAAACUCUGCUACAGGUUUUAGUAGGCGAAUAGAACUUGUAGGCAAUAGAAAUGCUUCACCAUACUUCAUUAUCAUUAGAAAUAGAAAAAGGGCAAGAAAUUAGUUUAUUUUGUUCUCUUCUUUUUAAACCCUAAACUUG